CUGCGGAUCUUCAGAUGCAUCAUCAUAAUCUGCGCUUUUCCAUGUCGGCCAGCUGACGUGCUUUGUGAGGUCCAGCGUUGGUCUCCCGGUGAAGCUGUCGAGCAGUGGUUCUUACCCGACAUGGCACAGACCAACAGCGUCGGGCAGAAUAGCAACGGAGAGAUGGACGACUCUCCCAACAUGCUGGUCUACAGGAAGAUGGAAGAUCUGAUAGCGCAAAUGCAGGAUGAGAAGAACGGCAUCCCGAUCCGCACAGUCAAGAGUUUCCUCUCCAAAAUUCCCAGUGUGUUCUCCGGUUCGGACAUUGUGCAGUGGCUGAUGAAGAACUUAAACAUUGAGGAUCCAGUUGAGGCUCUACACAUGGGCACGCUGAUGGCAGCACACGGUUAUUUCUUCCCCAUCUCAGACCACGUCCUCACGCUCAAGGACGAUGGAACGUUCUACAGAUUCCAGACUCCAUAUUUCUGGCCAUCAAACUGCUGGGAACCAGAGAACACGGACUACGCUGUGUACCUCUGCAAACGAACCAUGCAAAACAAAGCUCGACUGGAGUUGGCCGACUAUGAAGCAGAGAGUUUAGCACGGCUACAACGUGCCUUUGCCAGGAAAUGGGAAUUUAUCUUUAUGCAAGCAGAAGCACAAGCUAAGGUGGAUAAGAAGAGGGACAAAAUUGAAAGGAAAAUUCUGGACAGUCAGGAGCGAGCGUUCUGGGAUGUGCACAGACCCGUGCCGGGGUGUGUCAAUACAACAGAAGUGGACAUCAAAAAGUCGUCCAGAAUGAAAAACCCUCACAAAACCAGAAAGUCUGUGUACGGCCUUCAGAACGACAUCCGCAGUCACAGUCCCACCCACACGCCCGCACCCGAGGCCAAGCAGCCGAGCGUGGACGAGCUUCAGGAGCAGAUCAAAUUCUGGCAGGCACAGCUCGACAGGCAUCGACUGAAGAUGUCCAAAGUUGCUGAGGGGCUCUUAGGCUUUACAGAACAGUAUGCAGAUUAUGAUCCCUUCCUCUCCACUCCCGACCCCUCGAACCCAUGGAUAUCAGAUGAUUCAACCUUUUGGGAGCUGGAAGCAAGUAAGGAGCCGACUCAGAGCAGGGUGAAGCGAUGGGGGUUUGGAAUGGACGAGGCGCUGAAGGAUCCUGCAGGGAGGGAGCAGUUCCUCAAAUUCCUCGAGUCCGAGUUCAGCUCUGAAAACCUCAGGUUUUGGUUGGCGGUGCAGGAGCUGAAGAGGAGGCCCAUCCGCGAGGUUCCGACCCGGGUACAGGAGAUCUGGCAGGAGUUUCUGGCACCUGGUGCCCCAAGUGCCAUCAACGUGGACUCCAAGAGCUACGAUAAAACCACACAGAACGUCAAGGACCCCGGGCGCUACGCUUUUGAGGACGCACAGGAACACAUCUAUAAGCUCAUGAAAAGUGAUUCGUACAGUCGCUUUAUCAGAUCCAGUGCCUACCAGGAGCUCCUGCAGGCCAAAAAAAAGAAAAGUAAGAACUUGUUCUGAAGGAACCUGAUACUUCCAGAGCAACGAAUAAACCGCCUGCCGUUUGAGCCUCGGGGAACCAACCCGGGACGAGGACGCUUUAUCCCUGCCGUCCGAUUGGUUCGGACCACGAGCCGUUGACCAAUAGCGUGCAUGUUCAGCGGACUGAGUUUCUACAUCACCUUUUUACUCGCUUCGGUUUUCGCCUGGGACGCGUGGCGCGUGAAUCGGGCAUUUCAGGCUUCCGUAGGACGUGGGCGCAGCGGAAGGACGUCUCGGUCGAGAGUGAAAUGAUCGUCUUCUUCAUCAGUCUGUCCACAUAAAAGUACAACAAUGAUGUCAGAUGCAAAAAAGUAAAAAUAAAGGACGACGCGGUUCAAAAUGUAAAGUCGAACCUUAAGAAUAAAGACGCGUGAUCACGCUGUACUCGCCGCUCACCUUCCAUCCCAUUCGCAUUAAUUUUAUUGCACUAUGAAACAAUCGUGUAGAUUUUGGCUCGUCCCAGUCGUAGGUCCUCCAGGAGACCGUGUCUAACGUCCAGUCGUUUCCCCGCCUCACUUCCCUCUAACUGUGAUUAUUUUUAUACCAUAUUUAAAGACACUUUGACUUGAAAAUUUAUUAAAGCUGAUUGUUAUCUGAGA